AUGGCCCCCACAUAACGUGGUGCUCAUAUGAAUCAUGCAACCCAAUAUAUUCAGUAUUCACCAGUCCUAUAUAAACAAACCCCUCCCACACACACUCCAAACCCAUUCCAUUGCCCAAAAGGACCAUUUCAUAGUUCUCCUUCCUUCCCUGCCUCUGUCUUCAGUGAAGAAUUAGAGCUGCUGGUUCUAAAAGAAGAAGAAGCUGAUUCAAUGGAGAAUCUUCCCAAGAACCGAGCAAACUAUACCCCGCUCACCCCUCUCACUUUUCUCACCAGAGCUGCUUCCUCCUACGCUAACAGAACCUCCAUCAUCUACGAAGCAACCUCUUUCACUUGGUCUCGGACUUAUGACCGUUGCCGCCGCCUUGCCUCCGCUCUCCGCUCCCUCCACAUCAACACCCACGACGUCGUAUCAGUGUUGGCGCCCAACGUUCCGGCCAUGUACGAGAUGCAUUUCGCUGUGCCCAUGGCGGGAGCUGUGUUGAACACCAUAAACACUCGACUUGAUGCCAGCAACAUAGCCACCAUUCUGAAGCACUCGGAAGCCAAGGUCUUCUUCGUGGACUACGAGUAUGUUCCUAAGGCUGGCGAAGCGCUUCGAAUCCUCAUGGAAUCUAACGGUUAUUCCUCUCUGCCGUUAGUCGUCGUUAUUGACGACAUCAACUCUCCCACCGGCAUCCGCAUGAACGAGCUCGACUACGAGCUCCUCAUCCUCCGAGGCGACCCAGCCUUCGUCCCCAUCGAGCCCCACGAUGAGUGGGACCCAGUGGCUCUCAACUACACCUCAGGCACCACCUCCGCACCCAAAGGCGUCGUUUACAGUCACAGAGGAGCCUACCUCAGUACUCUCAGCUUGAUUUUAUGCUGGGAAGUUCCGACCGCACCGGUCUACCUCUGGACCCUCCCCAUGUUCCACUGCAACGGGUGGACCUUCACCUGGGGGGUGGCGGCACGUGGCGGCACCAACGUCUGCCUCCGCAACAUCACGGCCCCGCAAAUCUUUAAGAACAUUGCCCUUCACAACGUCACUCACAUGUGCUGUGCCCCCAUUAUCUUCAACAUCAUCCUCCAGGCCAAACAAACUGACCGCCACCGCCUUACCUCAACUGUCGAGAUCCUCACCGGAGGCGCUCCCCCCCCGGCGGCGCUCCUCCAACAGAUCGAGUCGCUCGGGUUCCACGUCACGCAUGCGUACGGCCUUACGGAAGCCACUGGACCAGCGCUUGUUUGCGAGUGGGAUAAGAAGUGGAAUGAUUUACCGAAAGAGGAACAAUCGAAGCUGAAAGCACGUCAAGGGGUUAGCAUAUUAACACUCGCGAGUGUGGACGUGAAGAAUCUAGAGACGAUGGAGAGCGUGCCUAGAGAUGGGAAGACGAUGGGAGAGAUAGUGCUGAGAGGGAGUGGGAUCAUGAAAGGGUAUUAUAAGGAUCCAAACGAAACAUCCAAAGUGUUCCAGAACGGGUGGUUCAGAACCGGGGAUGUUGGAGUUGUACACCCAGAUGGUUAUUUGGAGAUCAAAGACCGGUCCAAGGAUGUGAUUAUCUCCGGCGGAGAAAACAUUAGCAGCGUCGAGGUCGAGAAUGUUCUUUACAAGCAUCCGAGGGUGUCGGAAGCCGCGGUGGUGGCCAUGCCUCAUCCUAGGUGGGGAGAAAGCCCCUGCGCCUUCAUAGCUCUGAAGAAGAACGAAUCAGGGAGGACGACUACGACUGGUGAUGAUCACGUCACGGAGAAUGACAUAAUCGGGUAUUGCAGGAAGAGGAUGCCACACUUCAUGGUUCCGAAAGUCGUCAAGUUCAUGGACGAGCUGCCCAAGACUUCAACUGGGAAGAUUCUCAAGUUUGAAUUGAGGGAGAAGGCGAAGGCGUUCGUGGUAUCCGAAGAUGUGCAGAGUACAACGUCGUCUAGCUCGGCUCGAGUUGAUCGUAAUAAGAACGAUAAUAGUAAUAGGGGUGGUCAUUACAGCGAACAGGUUUUGGCUCUUUCUCGUCUUUGAGUUGAAUUGAAUCACAGAGUGUUUAAUUGGAACCAAAAAUUAGUUGCUGUGCGUCGUCGUUGUGUACAUACUACGUGGGCAAGGUUCGGAGUCGGGCUAUUUGCUUAUUUUAAGAAACUUUGUAUUUUGAUGUGAACUCAAACUAUCUUAAACCCCGCUUGUCGUUACUGAUGCAGAUCCAGAUUGCAGAGCCAAAUUCG